AGCAAACUCUGCAAAGCUCACACACACACACUCGACGACGAUAUAACGAGUUGGCCAAGCCAAAGCAAAGCUCUGUCCAGGCUCUGUUCCAAGAGGAGAGUGGCGACAGUGCGCGCAUAAUCAGUGUUGGCCGGAGGGAGGGAAGGGGUCACGAAGUGUCAGGGAGGGGGAAAAGGCGGUCAGGUUCCAGCGGGAGGGUUGGGAAGCGCUUCGGAGGAGCGUUCGAUGCCAGGCAUGGCGGUGGCGGAGGAUGUUGAGCCACACUCGCUGCGGAAGCUGUAUCAAAAGUCGUUGAAGCGGACCUACGAGUUGUUCCUCUCCAAUCGAGGAGAGCGGCCAGCUCCGGAUGCCCUCAGCACGCAAGCCCGCAUCUCCGCAAAGAUCAAUGACGAGUACGCUGCCAUCAAAGACAAGCCGCUCCCGGUCCCCUCCAAAGACAUCGCCGCCGCCGCACCCCCCCAUGCAGCCGACAUUCGGCGCCCGGCCGGGGGGGCCGCUGAGGCUGCCGUCCCUAGCACGUCGGGAGCUAAGCACCCCCCCGUUGCGGGGGCAGCGGCAGGCCCCGGCAACGAGCUGGUGAUUCACCAGGCGGCGGCGCCGGAUGUGCCGAAAGCGCCUGGAAACAUGGCGCUUAGCACGUUGGGGUCGAAAGACCAGUUCAGCGCGCAGGUGCUCAAGCGGCUGCCGAGCAAAUGGCCGAAGCCAGUGUGGCAUCCGCCCUGGAAACUGUACCGGGUGAUUUCGGGGCAUCUUGGGUGGGUGCGAUCAGUAGCAUUUGAACCGGGGAACGAGUGGUUUGUCACGGGCUCAGCUGACCGGACAAUAAAGGUGUGGGACACCGCUUCGGGGCAGUUGAAGCUGACGUUAACGGGCCACAUCGAGCAAGUCCGAGGCCUUGCUGUGAGCUCUCGACACCCGUACAUGUUUUCUGCGGGAGACGACAAGCAAGUCAAGUGUUGGGACCUCGAGUACAACAAGGUCAUCCGUUCGUACCACGGCCAUCUCAGCGGCGUCUACUGCCUCGCCCUCCACCCCACGCUCGACAUUCUCAUGACGGGCGGCCGAGACUCGGCGUGCCGAGUGUGGGACAUGCGCACCAAAGCGCAGAUCUUCUGUCUGUCAGGCCACGAGAACACUGUGUGCGCCGUGUUGACACAACCUACUGACCCCCAGAUCAUCACGGGCUCCCACGACUCGACGGUCAAGCUGUGGGACCUGGCGGCCGGCAAGACCAUGUCCACCCUCACCUUCCACAAAAAGUCGGUCAGAGCGCUGGCCAUGCACCCCUUCGAGCACACCUUCGCUUCUGCAUCUGCCGACAACAUCAAAAAGUUCAAGCUGCCGCAAGGGGAGUUCCUUCACAACAUGCUCACGCAGCAGAAGACGAUCGUGAACUGCAUGGCGGUGAACGAGGACGGCGUGCUGGCGACGGGGGGCGACAACGGCAGCAUGUGGUACUGGGACUGGAAGAGCGGCCACAACUUCCAGCAGGACCAGUCCAUCGUGCAGCCAGGCUCUCUUGAUAGCGAGGCGGGCAUUUUUGCAAUGACGUAUGAUGUCACCGGAAGCCGCCUCGUGACAUGCGAGGCCGAUAAGACGAUCAAAAUGUGGAAGGAAGACGAGGAUGCGACGCCAGAAACGCAUCCAGGGCUUCCUUUCAGACCACCCAAGGACAUCAAGCGAUUUUGAGCAAAGGUUGCUUAUGCCUAUUCGCUUGCCUCUGCGGCUCUCUCUUAACAGCUGCGUUCAUCCAGCCUGCACACGUGUCUCUAAACAUGUGAUCA